GUUCACACCUAAGAUGGUAUCACUUACAUGGAACCAUAAUGGUUUCCAUCACAGACAAUCCAAAUUCUCCAAGCCACAUGCACGUAAACCUACACUUCCAAAGGCACCUUCUUCAACACUAAGAACUCCUAAAACAUACUCACUGCCACCAGAGAAAAUUGAAGUUUUCAAGUCACUUGAGGGUUGGGCUUCACAGUGCAUCUUGCCACUUGUCAAACCCGUUGAGCAAAGCUGGCAUCCCGUUGAUUUUUUACCGGACUCGUCCCUGCCGGUGGAGGACUUCAACAAUAAGGUGAGGGACCUGAGAGAUCGGACAGCUGAACUUCCAGACGAUUAUUUAGUGGUUUUGGUGGGUGAUAUGAUCACGGAGGAAGCUUUGCCCACUUAUCAAACAAGGUUGAACCAGCUCCAUGGCGUUGCGGAUAAGACGGGCUCAUGCACAAGCCCGUGGGCAGUGUGGUCUCGGGCUUGGACCGCAGAAGAGAACAGGCAUGGAGACUUGCUCCAUACUUAUUUGUACCUUUCAGGUCGAGUUGAUAUGCGUAUGAUUGACCGGACCAUCCAUUACUUGAUUGCAGCUGGCAUGCAAUGGGAUAUAGACAAGAAUCCAUAUAUGGGAUUUGUGUACACAUCAUUUCAAGAACGAGCUACUUUUAUUUCACACGGCAACACGGCUCGGCUUGCUAAGAAAAACGGUGAUCCAGUGCUUGCGCGAAUAUGUGGCACCAUUUCUGCAGAUGAAAAGCGUCACGAGAAUGCAUACGUAAAGAUCGUUGAGAAGCUUCUAGAAGUGGAUCCUACAGAGACAAUGGUAGCAAUAUCAAACAUGAUGCGCAAGGGAAUCACAAUGCCAGCACUGUUGAUGCAGGAUGGGAAGGAUCCACACCUCUUUGAUCACUUCUCUGCAGUUGCACAACGACUUGGUGUCUACACAGCCGCUGAUUAUGCUGACAUUUUGGAGUUUUUAAUCCAACGGUGGAAAUUAGAGAAGAUACAGGAUUUAACGACUGAAGGAAGACGUGCACAGGAUUUUGUGUGUGGUCUAGCACCCAGGAUUAGAAGGUUGCAAGAACGAGCUGAUGAAAGAGCGCGUAAAACAGAGCCACAUAGUGUCAAAUUUAGUUGGAUUUUCAAUAAGGAAGUGUCAUUGAUAUAAAAGAAGUAAAUUCAUCACUCAUUCCUAUUAGUAGACAAAACACUUAUAAUCAAACCAACUUGGUUCCGUCGCGUCAUCAGUUUACUUGGACGUCUAAGUAAGUGUUAUUAACAACAGAUCUUUAAAUAAAAUUCAGAUUUGUGACGAAUUAGUUCUUAAACCUUAU